GACUCGACUCCCACCACCACCUGCUCCUCCUCCUUCCCCUCUCCCUCGCCCAGCGAUCUCCUCCUCCGACCAGCUCUCUCUCGGCGCUUUUCGACAUCAGCCGCACCGAAUCCUCCUCCCCUCAGGCGAAGGGCUCGAGCCUGCGGCGGCCGGAGCUAGCUAGCGCGGAGAAGGUUCUGUUUCAUCUGGAUUUCUGGGCUAGAAGAGAUAUCACCAAGCAGCAGCAUAAUUUUGGUCUCAGUUCAUUGUCAGGUCUCCUUGUCACACCAGCAAGACUGGAGAUAGCAUGCAGUAAUUAGUGUUUCAGAUUCUUGACUGAACCAGGAUGGCUGAUACUCCGACUUCCCGGAUGAUGCACCCCUUCAGCAACAUGCAGAGGCAGAACCCCAACCAGUUCCAGUAUUCUGCCAACCCACAGCGUCCUUGUCACACUUACCAGAAGUCAUCUCCAGACACCCAUGUUGUGCCACAGCAUCACUAUAGCCUCAACUCUCAUUCACCAGAUGCCAGCUAUGAAAACCAGGUUACCCAAAACAAGUAUACCCUGAACUCCUCUGAGGCAGUUGAUUGUAUGAGGCAUGAUUCGCCCUCCAGCAAUAGCUUCACUCCUCCAUCCAUUAGGAGUGGCAGUGGCAGCCCUUCAUCUCAGGAUGACAGUCACUCUGAUUCCACAAAUGGAUCUCCUGUAAGUGCUUCAUGUGUCACUGUGACCGAGGAUCCUACUGAUCUCAAGCAAAAACUCAGGGAUAUUGAGGCUGCAAUGCUUGGGCCGGACUGUGAGAUCAUCAACAGCCUUGAGAACAAGCUUUCGCUGGAACCGGAGAAGUGGAUGCAGCAGAAGGGCUUUCCUAGGGGCAACUUGAAGGAGCUACUGAUUACUUGUGCUAUAGCUGUAGAAGAGAACAAUGGCCUCGCGAUAGAUAUGAUGGUGCCAGAACUGAGGAAAAUGGUUGCAGUAUCUGGUGAGCCACUUGAGAGGUUGGGAGCCUACAUGGUGGAAGGCCUCGUCGCCAGGCUUGCCAACUCCGGCCACUCGAUCUACAAAGCCUUGAAGUGCAAAGAACCAAAGGGCUCUGACCUCCUGUCCUACAUGCAUUUCCUGUAUGAGGCCUGCCCCUACUUCAAGUUCGGCUACAUGUCGGCAAACGGUGCAAUUGCAGAAGCUGUCAAGGGAGAAGACAGGAUUCACAUAAUUGACUUCCAUAUCUCUCAAGGAGCCCAAUGGAUUUCUCUCCUCCAGGCCCUUGCAGCCAGGCCUGGUGGACCACCGACUGUAAGAAUCACAGGAAUUGAUGACUCGGUUUCAGCUUAUGCGCGAGGUGGUGGGCUAGAGCUAGUUGGGAGGAGGCUGUCACACAUCGCUGGCCUGUACAAGGUUCCCUUUGAAUUCUGCUCACUUGCUAUCGCUGGCGACGAAGUGGAAGAGAAGCAUCUUGGAGUCCGCGCUGGCGAAUCUCUCGCAGUGAACUUCACCCUGGAGCUGCACCACAUUUCAGAUGAGACUGUGAGCACUGCCAACCACCGAGACCGAAUCCUAAGGCUGGUGAAAAGCUUGUCUCCAAAGGUGCUCACCCUUGUUGAGCAGGAGUCCAACACGAACACAGCCCCUUUUGUGCCGAGGUUCGCAGAGACUCUGGACUACUACACUGCCAUCUUCGAGUCCAUCGACCUGUCGCUCCCAAGGGACGACAAGGAGAGGAUCAACAUGGAGCAACACUGCCUGGCGAGGGAGAUUGUGAACCUCGUCGCCUGCGAGGGUGCAGAAAGGGUGGAACGACAUGAAGUCUUUGGCAAGUGGAAGGCACGUCUGAUGAUGGCCGGCUUCAGACCGUCUCCGCUCAGCUCGCUGGUGAAUGCCACCAUCAGGACACUGCUACAGAGCUACUCGGUGGACUACAAGCUCGCCGAGACGGACGGGGUGCUGUACCUCGGAUGGAAGAACAGGCCCCUGGUGGUUUCGUCCGCAUGGCACUAGGUGUUGUGGCGUUACAAUGCUAUCUGACGAUGAACUUAUUUGUAAGUUCGCCUUUGGUAGACAACUUAGAUGCCUGCUUUGUCGUACUUUAGGAAGGUUUGGUGAUGUAUGGAGAAAAUAGCUAUGCAGCUGUAACCUGUUAUUGCAAUGUAAACUUAGGUCAGGCCUGAAUAAGGCUGAUGAGGUGUAGUCCAAGUGUAAGGGGUAUGUGUUUCAGUUUCAGACUUCUGAUCAUAAUCAGUAUUACUACUGUCUACCA